AAUAUUUAUCUUUUGUCAUUCGUUUGCCGAAAUCACAUUUUGACUUUUGAGUUAAUCACAUGAAAUAAGGUCGGUAUAAUCCGUUAAGAAUAUGAGCGACACAAAUGCAUUCGGCUAUGAGGAUGGGGCUGCUACUCCUGGAGUUCAGCGCGGUUCUCAGGCGCCGUACAAGUUCUCACCGGAAGAACUCCGAGUCCUACAGGAGUGUAACACUGAGAGCUUCAUGCAACGCUCGUUGCCUCUAGGCACUACGUUUGGUUUAACAGCGUAUUUUGGCGUUCAAAGAGGUACCUUCAAAGCAAAUCCUCGUUUUGGUGCGAUUCCAAAAGUGACGUUGGCCGUGAUCGUGGGCUACUUCCUUGGUAAACUGUCUUACCAGCAGGUGUGUGCAGAAAAGCUCAUGGCGUUACCUAACAGUUAUAUAGGACAACUGUUGAGGGAGAAAAAGGAAGGACGGUCUGGGAUUGGGCCAAAACGAACACCGACCAUGUUCGGUGCGACUUCUGAAGAUGUUUACUCAGAUGCUGGAAUGGGAAGCUCCUUAGAUUUGGACACGGAUCGGCCACUGUUCAAUGAUGACAGCUUUAGACCAGGGUCUGAUUCUGGACCAGCUUCAAUUAUACCACCUCCAGACAGCGCGUCAUCAAAACCAACUUUGUCGUACGAUGAACUACGUCGCAGGAAUCGCGUAGAAUACUCGGAUGCGCGUCAAGAUCCUUAUAAAAUUGAACCAAACUCAGUGCCAUCUGUGAGCAGAGCCCGACCGACUCCCCCACAAUCACCAUCAACGAACAAAUAUGGUGACGUCAUGGAAUAACAACACUCAUCAAAUUAAUAAAUGCUUCAAUGUUGAUUAGGAUCGGUUAAAAUACACAAACAAUUGUAUUUCUCGUAAAUUUUAAAUGUAAUUGUUAAAUUUUUAACACAAAAUUUAUAUGAAGUUAGACCGCCAAUGUAAUUAAUAGCAAUAAUUGUAUUUAAAGUUAGACCGCCAAUGUAAUAGCAAUAAUUGUAUUUAUGUAUAAUUGGUUAGCAGAUGUCUGGAGGUAGUUUACAAAAAAAUAGUUAAAUCCCGCUUUACAACAUUUGAAAGGGAAAUUGUUUAUGGAAAGAAAAAUUCAAGUAUGGUCAAAAUUAGUUGCUAUCCUCGAUAGAUCUGUCUGAAAAUUUUGUCCAAAAGAUAAAUAAAUUUGAAGAUAUGUGCUAUUUUUGAAAAUGAUCUCCUGAUGUAUGGAAAUUUUUAAAUAAUAUUUUGAACCAGUAUUUUGCAAAUGUUUCUGUCACAGCCAAACGUGCCUUUGAUGCUUCCAUAAAUCAACUACUUACUUAUUUUAUGUAAAUAAAGCAAUAUAGACUGAUGUAAGAACAAUUUAUUAUGAAUGUUGUCAAUUUCUUUAAAAAAAAUUCCCAAGCAAUAUUGUUGGUACUCACGGAUUUGUUACGUUAAUUUGGUCUAGUUUUUUUUUUUUUUUUUUUUAGGUUAGAAUCAUGAAAAUAAAGUAGAUAAGGGUUGA